AUGCACUCUCCGCUGCCAUCGUGCACGCUCGCUUGUCUCGUUCACAGCUCGCUGCCAUUGUGCUCGCUCACUGGCAUCGUGGACGCUCGCUGGCAUUGUGCACGCUCGCUGGCAUCGUGCACGCUCACUGCCAUCGUGCACGCUCGCAUUGUCUCGUUCACACUCACUGGCAUUGUGCACGCUCACUGGCAUCGUGAACGCUCGCUGCCAUCGUGCACGCUCGCUUGUCUCGUUCACGCUCGCUGCCAUUGUGCUCGCUCACUGGCAUCGUGGACGCUCGCUGGCAUUGUGCACGCUCGCUGGCAUCGUGCACGCUCACUGCCAUCGUGCACGCUUCGCUUGUCUCGUUCACACUCACUGGCAUUGUGCACGCUCACUGGCAUCGUGAACGCUCGCUGCCAUCGUGCACGCUCGCUUGUCUCGUUCACGCUCGCUGCCAUCGUGAACGCUCGCAUGCCAUCGUGUACGCUCACUGCCAUCGUGCACAUUUGCUGCCAUCGUGCACGCUCGCCACACACAGUCCCGACACUCGCUACCUGGGACUCGGUUCAUGGACUCAACGGCAGCCUGAAGGAGAGUCGGAUAGAGAACGGCAUGCAGGGAGUGACGGUCAAAGUGGUGACGCUACUGGAGGAUCCCUUCGUCAUGGUGGCAGAGAACAUCCUGGGGCAGCCUAAGAGAUAUAAAGGUUUCUCCAUCGACGUUCUGGACGCCCUCGCCAAGAUCCUGGGCUUCAAAUACGAGAUCUACCAGGUGGCCGACAGUAAAUAUGGAUCGAAGCUUCCCAACGGCUCGUGGAACGGGAUGAUCGGUGACCUCAUCAACAAGAGAGCCGACCUGGCGGUGUCGGCCAUCACCAUCACCCCGGAGCGUGAGAACAUCGUGGACUUCAGUAAGCGUUACCUUGACUACAGCGUUGGCAUCCUGCUGAGGAAACCCGAGGAGAAGAUCAACAUCUUCUCUCUGUUCGCUCCGUUCGACCUCGCCGUGUGGGCGUGCAUCGCCGCCGCCAUCCCCGUGGUCGGCGUGCUCAUCUUCCUGCUCAACCGGCUGCAGGCGCUGCGCUCCUCCUCCAAUCAGAACGUGCCGCCGGGGCAGCCGGCCAAUGGCGUUGGGUCUGGUACUCUGCACAGCGCCAUCUGGAUCGUGUACGGAGCGUUCGUACAGCAAGGUGGGGAAGGCGCGGUCGGUUCGGUGGCUCUCAGGAUCGUCAUGGGCAGCUGGUGGCUCUUCACGCUCAUUGUGUGUUCAUCGUACACCGCUAACCUGGCAGCGUAUCUCACCGUGUCACGCAUGGACCACGCUAUACGGUCUUUCCAGGACUUGGCGCGGCAGAUCGACGUGGACUACGGCACCGUGAGAGACUCGGCGGUUUAUGACUACUUCAUGAAUAAAGGGACGAACCCUCUGGAGCAGGACAGCACCUACGCGGAGCUGUGGAGAACCAUCAGCAGGAACAACGGCAUGGAUUACUCCGUGUCCAGCCCGUCUGAGGGGAUCCGCAAGGCGAAGAAGAGUCCGUACGCCUUCCUGUGGGACAUGGCGGUGCUGGAGUACGCAGCGCUCACCGAUGACGACUGCACCAUCACCGUGUCGGGGAACGGCAUGAGCAGCAAAGGCUACGGCAUCGCCAUGCAGCACGGCAGCCCUUACCGAGACCUCUUCUCUCAGAAGAUCCUGGAGCUUCAGGAGAAAGGCGACCUGGACAUCAUGAAGCAGAAGUGGUGGCCUCGUACGGGCCGCUGCGACCUGAACAGCCACGCCAGCGCUCACCCUGACGGCCGCUCCCUCAAGCUGCACAGCUUCGCCGGCAUCUUCUGCAUCCUGGCCGCCGGCCUGCUGCUGGCCUGCCUGGUGGCGGGGCUGGAGGCUUGGUGGAACAGCAACCGCUGCCGCCAGGAGCAGCCCAAAGAGGACAAGGAGGUGAAUCUGGAACAGGUGCACCGUCGUAUGAACAGUCUUUUGGACGAGGACUUGGCCCACAAGCAGAUCCCCGGCCCCUCUAUCGAGAUCUCUGCGCUGGACAUCGGCAGCAUGCAGCCCAGCCAGGGCUCUCUGGUGCCGGGCCCGGAGUCCAGGCGGGACUACCCGCCCUCGGGCCUCGCUGUGACCACCUUCCUCCCCGGGGAGGGGGUGCCGCCUCCUCCUCAUCCCCACCCUCACCAUGGGGGGACCCUAGGCAGGACACUACCCCCGUCCCAGGGCCAUGGCAGCACCACGUUGCCCCUGCACCACCCGCUCAGCAGCAGCAGCCUCAGCGGCACCAUGCAGUGCAAACACAGGGCACCCAACGGGGGGCUCUUCCGGCAGAGCCCUGGCAAGACACCCAUGCCAGUGUCCUACCAGGCAGUCUCCGCAGGACCCAUACCCGAAGCCAUUGAUGCCACCCACAGUACAUCCAUAUAG